AUGCCUCGUCGUGUGGCUGUGGUCGGAGGUGGCAGCUCGGGCCUGGCCUGCAUCAAGUGCUGCCUGGAUGAGGGUCUGGAACCCGUCUGCUUUGAGAGCAGUGAUGACAUCGGGGGUCUGUGGAGGUUCAAGGAGAACCCUGAGCCAGACAGAGCCAGUAUUUACCACUCAGUGAUUAUCAACACCUCCAAGGAGAUGAUGUGUUUCAGCGACUUUCCCAUUCCAGCCCACUUUCCCAAUUACAUGCACAACAGCCUCAUCAUGAACUACUUCCGGAUGUACGCCGACCACUUCCAGCUUCGCAAGCACAUACGCUUCAAUACCAAAGUCCUGCAAGUGAAAAAGAGGGCUGACUUUUCCCGAUCGGGCCAGUGGGAUGUGGAAACUGAAAACCAGGAGGGCAAAAAGAGUAAACACAUCUUUGACGCGGUGAUGAUCUGCAUCGGACACCACUGCCAUCCCAACCUGCCUCUCCAGGACUUUCCAGGUCUGGACACGUUCCAGGGAAAGUAUUUCCACAGUCGCGACUACAAGACUCCCGAGGAAUGGCGGAACAAGAAUGUUGUGGUCGUAGGGAUAGGGAACUCCGGAGGCGACAUCGCCGUGGAGCUCAGCAGGGUCACCAAGCAGCUUUACCUGAGCACCCGGAGGGGGGCCUGGGUGCUGAACAGAGUUGGGAAUAACGGCAUCCCCCUGGAUUUGGGAGUAAGCAGAACAACAAUGCUACUCCGGCACCUGCUUCCCUUUGGCCUAGCCUGCAGCUUAGUGGAGAGAAAACUCAACCACCGGUUUGAACACAGCAUGUACAGUCUGAAGCCCCAGCACAGAUUGUUUAGCCAGCAUCCCACUGUGAACGACGAGCUUCCCAACCGCAUCCUUUCAGGAACGGUGCAGGUGAAGCCCAACAUCUGCCGAUUCGACGGCUCCAGUGUGGAGUUUGACGACGGCAGUAUAGCAGAGGACGUGGACUUGGUGGUUUUUGCCACAGGCUACAGGUUUUCCUUUCCCUUCCUGGCGCCACAUGUAAUCACAGUGUCUGACAAUAAGACAUCACUAUACAAGUACGUGUUCCCCCCCGAGCUGGGAUGCAACACUCUGGCCAUCAUUGGACUCGUGCAGCCCCUGGGGGCCAUUAUGCCUAUUUCUGAGAUGCAGGCCAGGUGGGCCACCAGAGUCUUCAAAGGCUGUACCACGCUUCCACCAGUGGCUGAAAUGCUGGAUGACAUCAAAUAUAAACAGGAGGCCAUGGCCAGCAGGUAUGUGAGUAGCCAGAGGCACACUAUCCAGGUGGACUAUGUGGACUACAUGGAUGAGAUAGCAACACUGGUGGGUGUGCGCCCCAACAUCUUCAGGCUCUUGCUAACCGACCCAAAGCUCGGCCUGAACUUAGCCUUCGGACCUAUCAACCCGUACCAGUACCGUCUGCGUGGUCCCGGCAAAUGGGCCGGUGCCCGUCAGGCCAUACUCACCCAGUGGGACCGGGUGGCGCAGCCCAUGAAGACUCGACCGUGUGACCAAGCCCAACCUAAACGCUCUCUGAAGUGGCCGCUCGUUGUGUCGGCAGCCGUCGGUGUGGCCGCGUUUGUGAAUAGGAGCAACCUGGCUGCUGUACUGCAAGACCCUGCAACACUUUUGGAGCGGAUCAAGUUGUACCUGCCUACACUGUCACACUGA